AUGAAAAUCCUCCGUAAAAUCAUAGGUAAAACGCUGCUAGAUAGAGAACGAAGCGACAACAUAAGGCAAACAUGCAAGGUGGAUAGUAUUAAUGAAUGGGUAUUGAGCGAAUGGAAUGAACAUAUAAGCCGAAUGGACGAGGGAAGAAUAGUAAGGUCAGCUCGAGACAAAUCACCACUAGGAAGAAGAAGGAAAGAUGGAUACCACGCUGGAGGAGAUGGAGAUACCACAGUGACCAAAGCUGUCUUGAUUACUAUGUCCGUUGCAGGCGCCUAUAUUGUUUUAGUUAUCGGACUAAUGAUUUGGUGCCGCUACAGAAGGAGGUCUAGAAAAUUACCAAUUGCGGAUGGAAAAUUAGAAAAUGGAGAUUUGGAACAUCAAGAAUUAAAAGCGAAUGAAAACGGAACCGGUCCUGGACCAUCCAAAACAGCGAUGAAUGGCGUAGAAACCCACAAAGAAGGACAAAAAAGCGACGGAGCUGACACCUGUAAUUCCCAAGGCUCCAACCAAUCGAAAAAAUCCAAAACAAGCUAUGAUAAAUUAGCACUAAGCAGAACUUUGCUUAAAGAUUUGACACUGAUCGGUCGCGGUGAAUUUGGCGAUAUUCUCAUAGCUAAAGUUUCUCACAGCAGUGUGACAUUAAUACAUUCAGAAAAAAGAACGUCAGGUACAUCAAAUAAAACUGACAAAUCUUCUGAAAAGCCGUCAGAUGAGAAAGCACAGGAGGAUAAAGAACUGCAUUGUUUAGUUAAGGUUCUAUCUCAAACCAAAGAUGAAAGUACUCUAAUGGAAUUCAAGAGAGAAAUAGAUAUGUUCACUAAACUGUCGCACGAAAAUAUAACUAAGUUGUUUGGGUUGUGCAGGGAACAAGAACCCCAUUAUAUGAUUAUGGAACAUACUGAUUGGGGUGACUUAAAGAAAUUCCUAGUUGCUACAAAGACAGGUACCCCACCACCACUGACGACAGUCCAAUGUGUCGGUAUCAUUCACCAAUUGUGUAGAGGAAUGGACCAUUUAGCAAACAACAGAAUGGUGCACAAGGAUUUAGCCGCCAGGAAUUGUUUAGUAACUUCUAGUUUAGUAGUUAAAGUCGGAAUACCGAAGCUAUCCAGAGACCCUUACAGUCAAGAAUACUGUAAACAUGUUAAUCAGGUUAUACCACUGAGGUGGUUACCUUAUGAAGCUGUUUAUGAAGACGAGUAUUCAACAAAAAGCGACGUGUAUGCGUUUGGUGUGUUCGUUGGGGAAGUGUUUUCACAAGGAGAACUCCCCCAUCCAAAGAUAAACGAUAACACAUUCUUGACAAAGCUGAAGGAGAAAAAAUUGGAAUGGAAAUCUCACGAAUCAACACCAGAAGACUUACAAAAAAUUCAGGCUGUAAACAAAUUUUGA